AGCCGGUCGCUCGGCGAACGGAGACGGGCCCGGCAAGAUGGCGAAAGUCUCUGAGAUGUACGACGUGACUUGGGAAGAGAUGCGAGACAAAAUGAGAAAAUGGAGAGAAGAGAACUAUCGGAACAGUGAGCAAAUAGUUGAAGUUGGAGAAGAGUUAAUUAACGAAUAUGCAGCUAAGCUUGGUGAUGACAUUUGGAUAAUAUAUGAGCAAGUGAUGAUCGCCGCGUUGGAUUGCAGCCGAGAUGACUUGGCAUCGUAUUGCCUGCAAGAACUAAGACGGCAAUUCCCUGGGAGCCACAGAGUUAAACGGUUAACUGGUAUGAAAUUUGAAGCCAUGGAGAGCUAUGAUGAUGCAAUACAGUUAUAUGACAGAAUUUUACAAGAGGACUCAACAAACACUGCAGCCCGAAAACGUAAGAUUGCCAUUCGGAAAGCCCAGGGGAAAAACGCUGAAGCCAUCCGAGAGUUGAAUGAGUAUUUGGAACAAUUUGUUGGGGACCAGGAAGCCUGGCAUGAGCUCACUGAGCUCUACAUCAAUGAACAUGAUUAUGCAAAGGCUGCCUUUUGCCUGGAGGAACUCAUGAUGACUAAUCCUCACAACCACUUGUAUUGCCAACAGUUUGCAGAGGUUAAAUAUACUCAAGGAGGGCUUGAGAACCUUGAGCUCUCACGAAAAUACUUUGCACAGGCAUUAAAACUGAACAACAGAAACAUGAGAGCAUUGUUUGGUCUUUACAUGUCUGCCAGCCAUAUUGUCUCCAAUUCCAAAGCCAGUGCAAAAGUUAAAAAGGAUAAUAUGAAGUAUGCAAGUUGGGCUGCAAACCAAAUCAAUAGAGCUUACCAGUAUGCUGGCCGUAGUAAGAAAGAGACCAAGUAUUCACUGAAAGCUGUAGAAGACAUGUUGGAGGCCCUACAGAUCACUCAAUCAUAAACCAUAAGAAGGAUCACCGGUGAUAGAUAUUUUCCUCCAGCUCCAUUGCUAAAAUUCUGUCCUCACUGACUUAAAAGUUAAUUUUAAAUGCCUCGUUGUGUUAACAGUGGUUUCAUGUCAGUAAAAGUUGCUACCUUGAAUGAUGUGUUUUAUAAAAAUAUAAGAUUUCUAUUUAUUGCUUCUAUGAUGAAAAGUCACUGCAGUUAGUGAAAAGAGUAAAUUCUAUUGAACAUAAGUCUCUUCAGACCUGGUAGAGUAAAUGUUUAAGCGAUAACUUGAUGUAGAAAUGAUAAAGCAGCAUUACUUCUUGACUUAUGGAAGUGUAAGAGAUUUGGGCAAAAUAGGAGUCGCGUAUCGUACAUAAACUGUUUUAUAGAUCAGACUUAAAAGUUCACCAUAAUGAUCAAAUAAUAUUCCCCUGGGUAUUUUGUAUUGCACAAUAUUAUUAGUAUGACUGCAGCACUGAUUUGUAAAAUAGUAGAGAAGUGGUAAGUGCUAGAGUUUGAGCUUUAUGGGUUGAGUACCACCUGUAAGGGAAGCCUUAUUGUUGAAGUUACUUUCAUGCUGCUGAUUCUAACCUGUACCUGAAAUGGCUCCUCUAUUUAGAUAAAUGAAGACAUUCUUAAAUAUAAUAAUGAUAAUUAAUUAAGCUUGUAUGCCACCCAACUCGUAACAGUCAAAAGAAAUUACAAUAAAACUAAUAAAUGAUAAAAGAUGGCAAGAACAAAAUGGAAUUAAGUCAUGCUGAACCGACUUUAGUAGCAGCUGUAGAAAAGGUAUAUAUCAUUUGCUGAUUUGGAUUCUCUUCAAAAGUGCCGAGUUAUAAAGAUUUUAUUAUGCCCCUAUCUGAAAAUAUAUAGAAAAAUAUACUCAAGGGGAUGGUCAGACAUUGAAUUUCUACCAUGGCCUUACUAAUGGAUUCCCCCUUUACAACAAUUUGUGUUUAUUAUUGAUUGUGUUGCUGGCUUUUCAGUGUAAAAGGCCUUUAGGGAGAAUAAGUAAUGGUUUCUUUUCAUUUGGAACAUUUUAAAAAUAUUUUGAAAAAGCAUUUGUUUCCUUUCAGAUUUUCUGAAUUUGUACAUAUCUUUAAAUAUCUAUGCUUUCUAGGGAGGGAGAAAAAGGAGUUAUAUGCAGCAUUCCGGUGUGGAAAAGUAAUCACUGCCUUAAAUUCAUAACUAUUUAGCUGCAGUAACUACAACACCCUUUUCUUAUAACUGCUUGUUGCAUAGGAAUUUUUGCUCAUUCCUCCACAGCAAACAGCUUUACUUCAUUUUUAAAAAUGCCUUUGUGCUUUCUCCACAUUCUUUGUCCAAAUGCCAAUUUUCAUGCAAUAGGAACUUAGUUCAAAAGAAUGAACAUCUGAGAAUGUGAAAUCUUGUCUCAAAAUUGAGUUAUCUCAAAAUUGAGUUAAUACACAUAAUAAAUUUCAAAAUGAAAUCUGUUGUAGUACAUUACAAACAGCUGCUUUAAUGGAAUAAUCUCAUUGCCUAUCUAAGUUGAUGAUUCACUCAGGUCUUUUCUGUAUAAAUGCAAUGGAAUCCAGUAAAUCUGAAAUGCUGUUUUUGACUGAAUAAAUCCAAGAUGUAUUGAAGUUCUUGAUACUGAUAUUUUGAUACUGAAUACCGUUAGGUGAAAUGGGAAUCUAGGCAAAGUAGGAAUUUCUAAUAAAUUUAUUCCAUUC